AAAAUACACUUUACAGAAGAAAUUGAAUGAAAUGGAUCAAAAGCUACAAUUGCACAUAAUGGCAAAGGAGGAACAUCAUAAGAAACUGAAUGAAGUUGAGAAAUGCUAUGCUACUAUCACAUGUCAAUUUGGAAUGAUAAAAGCGGCUCAUGAGAAAUUAGAGCAAAAUGUGCUGGAAGCACUACAACUUAAUGAGAAACUGGCAUCAGUGAAUAAAAGGCAAGAGUCUGAAAUAGAUAAUCUAAAGGAGGAACUGAAGAAAGUAACUACAGACUUGAUAAGGUCCAAGGUCACAUGUCAGUACAGGGUGGGAGAAGAAAACAUCAAUCUUACAGCAAAGGAACAGCAGUUACAAGAACUACAACAAAAAAUCAGAAUGGAAACAGAGAUUAAUAAAAAGCUCAGUGAAGAAAAUGCACACAUUAAAGAAGAGAAACAGGAGAUUAUCAGUUCUCUACAACAUAUGCAGCAGCUGUUUCAGCGACUGACCCAAACAAAUGUCAGAAUGGAAAGUGAAUUGAAUGCACUGAAAGAAGAAUAUAAGACCCUUGAAAGAGAUAAUGAGCUGCAAAGGGAGAAGGCAAAAGAAAAUGAAGAAAAGUUCCUUAAUCUUCAGAAUGAGCAUGAGAAAGCACUAAGAACUUGGAAAAAAGAUGAGGAAGACUUGAGAAUAGAAAUGGAUGCUAUUAAAAAUAUGCUGGUAUCACUUAAAGAAGCUUAUGGACAUCUCCAAGACUGCCACCUUUCUCAGAAAGAUCAACAUACUGAGCAAGAGGAAAAUCUGCAGACUAGUCCGAAAGAAGAUGCGUAUACACAAUCUACAAUCAAAAAUUAUAGUAUUUCUGGUCCUGGACAGGAAGAUGACAUUGAAGUAAAGAAUAUUGUAGGCUGCUCUUCAGACAUUGAUAAAGUACAGACCGAACAAAGUAAUGGAAGUGGAUGCAUAGAAGAGACAUAUAACAUUGUUGCCAAAGAUUUACAACUUCUUGAAAAUUAUAAGGAUGAAGUUAACGUUGCUAGCCACUGUGAAGAAAAGCAAAGGGAGGCUCCUUCAGGCAAAACCCUCUGCACAGAUAUUGAUUUAAUGACUCAAGGACAGACCUCGGAAGUAUGUGUUGCUGAGUGCAAAAAGACAGCAAAUAUAGGAAAAACAGACAAAACGUUCUUGGAGAAAAACAAUGCAAGUGCAGAACUAAAGCCACAGGACAGAUCUUGUGCAUUGGCAAAACUCCCAGAGAACACAAGAAAGAUGCUCCUUGACAAUACUGAAGAAUUUGGUGUCUGCAGUAUGGAUGCAGGUCAACAGACAGACUCCAGCAAGCAUAUAUUUGGCAAUGCUUCAAAUGAAUUAGUUUGUAAUACAAAUGAUAAGGCAGAUGCCACACAGGAUGACAAAGGUGUCUUUAUAAAUGAAGCACCAAACAAAGAAUCCAGACAGGUUAUUGGCAUAGAAGACAGUCCUGUAACUGAGAGAACUGCAGACAACCAUCAAACCAUGGCUGAAUUUAAUUUUACCAUCCUGUCUCAGGUUACAGAAAGUAGUCAUACAAAGUUUCAGAAAUGUCACUUACAGGAGUCUAAUGACAUUUAUUUAGAUAAUGAACAAGACAAAACAGAACCACUUCAUCUGUUAAAUCGAAGCACCAGUGGCAUAUCCUCAGAUAUAUUUCAAUUUAAACAGAUUCAUACAGAUAUUCAAGAGAAACACAGUGACACUGCAAGCACAACUAAUGGAAACUGUGCACUGAACAGUACUUGUGAUACAGCAAGUGAUGCUCCAGUUCUGCCUACUACUUUCUGUGAUAAUGUAAGUGUGAACACUGACAAUACAAAAGAAAAUAACACUAUUAUGUCUCUGUUAGAGAAUUUCAAUUUAAAUACUGAAAAAACAGAUAAAUGGACAAAUCUGAAUGAUAUGCACAGCAACCAAAGUGAGCAAGACAUUUCUGGACAGACAGAAACUGAUACAAAUACAUAUGCAUGCACAGAUGUUGUUUUGCCUCUGAAUACUGAAAAUAUAUGUGCUUCUCAGACUAUUAUUCAUAAACAAAUGGUUAUAAACAAAAUUACCACCGAUAAACAAAUGUCCUGGGAAAAAGUUCAUGCAAAUGAUUUUCAGAUACCCAAAAGGAAGGAUGGACAAUCCCUUGUGAUUAAUGAUAAUGCACUAGAGAAUUCAUUGUUAAGAGCAAAGAGAGAGUCAUUAAAUAGUACAGUUCCAGGAGAGAAAAUUGCUGAAGGUCGCCUGGAAGAAUCAUGUUCUUUACUCAUAAGGACAUCUGGAGAUUUAGUAAACAGAAGUGGAAGGUCAUCCUUUGAUCUUUCAACUUCAGAUAAAAAAACUGAGAAAACUCCAGUAUACUUAAGUUUUUCAGAUCUCAGUCCUUGGUUGAGAGUAAAUCAAGUUGAAAGUCAAACAGCGUGGGCUUCAACUUCCGAAGGGCCUUUCCAUUUGAAAGAGAAACUACUAUGUAUAUCAGAAAACAAAAAGAUUCUUUCAAAAGCACAGUGUCAAAAUUUGAGCAUAAAUGCUGUCAUGAAAGAAACAGGACUAGAUUCUACCAGUAUUAACAGAGUUGCUGACACUUUGAAUACCUCAAGUAUCCAUCGAGGUCCCAAGAGAGAUCCCAGUGAAGAAUGGAAUGCAAUAGCAAAGACUUUUUAUGAUGAUUCUUUUCCCACAGAACAUGUAAGUCAAUUAAAAAUAUUGCCGAGCAGACCUUGUGCUGGAUCCAGAAAACACUGUACAUGCUUGAUUCGAUCAGAUGUGAGAGUGUGUCUCUACAACAUGGUUAAAGCAGGAGUUACUGUAUCAUGCCACCAGCAGAAGCUUUCCCAUCUGGCUUCCAAUGUAGAUACACCAAUCUCAAGUAAAAGUUUACUCAGCAAGGAAGAGCAGAAUUGUGAUUCUCAUAACUUCUUUAUAAAAAGUCAAAUCAAUGACACUGAAAAGCUUUUGAAUUUAGAAAGGCUCCACCGGUCUAGAAAAAGGAAAUAUGAAGAAAGUCUAGAAAAAGCUGCGGUAGGGGACAAAACAGAAAAAUAAUUCAAUCUCUGAAUAUGCAUAUCAUAGAAAGAUUUGUAGAAAUCUUCCACCGGAAGUAAAGAGGUGCAUAUUUUAUUUUGUGGGUAACUCUAGACUGCAAACUCGCCGAUUCCCUCCCCAGUAUUUUGAUGUAAUUGUAUUAAAAGAAAAUAGAUUCCCUACAUUUCUGCAAUUAAAGUCCUUGCAAGUUGUUACAAAAUUUUUGCUAGAAGUUAAAAAUUUAAAACAAGUGUUAUAAGUAUAUGUCUGUUAAGUGUAAUUUGUGAUGUAUUUAACAACUGUACCUCCUUCAGAUGUUGAAAAUCUUAGCUGCAGGACUUCCUAAUUUCUCCGCCAGAAUGAGCACUAGCACAACUAUCAAACAAAAGCGACAAAGGAGGUCUCAGAAUGGAAUGGUCCCUUCAAACUUUUAUGACUCACUAACUGGCACAGGAAUAAGAAAGCCUGCUGUUUACAUGUAUCAGAUCUUAAAGAGGAGCUAAUUUUUUUUAAUAUCGUACUAAGUACAUAUAGAUACAAUCGGAAUUUUAGAAUAAAUAUUGCCUCUUAAAAGGCAAGUCAUUAAAUGUAUCAUUUACAGAGAUAAUAGGGUGGCAAUUUCAUAAAGAUUUAAUUUUUCUCUAUCCAGCUGAUAAUCAUCUCUUCUUUUCCAUUUCCACUCACUUUAGAAUUACUUGAAUCAUCAUCCUACUGCUUCUCUCUUCCCUCCCUACCCCUCAAAGAAAGGAUUAAAAUUGAGAGAACCAAAAUGAAUUAAUGCAUAGCCAAUAUGAUCAUUAUUCAUUAUUGUUAAAAAUGUAUUAAUGAACUCAAGGUGUUUUCCCAUUUUACUUUUAUUGCUUUUGUAGCUCAUAGUUGAGUCUUUAAUUUCUUAAAACCAAUUACACAUAUUUUGGAGA